AUGUCAACGCCUCUUUCCUUUAUGAUAUUGACCAUAGAAUUCGAUCCAGAAAUCUUCCAAACCACAUCUUCUCUAUCCAGCGCAAGAGCAAUGGUGGGUAUAGCCGGUCCUAUUUUUGUAUUCUUUACAGCACCUGCAAGGUUGCACACUGAACGUCUCAACAGGCUUCGUCGUGGUACAAGGUACAGUAAUCGUCAAAGUCCAUUUGCAGAGAACUGGAAAGCUGUUCUUGAAGUGGAAAGGAAGGAAAUGUGGGGAUUGGGAGGUAGAUAUUAUUGGGGAAGAAGGGAAAUGAAUAGAGAAGGGAUAGUGGUGGUCUUUCCUUGGAUGUCUAGUGAAGAAAGACAUGUGAAAAGUUAUGUUGACCUUUACGGGUCUCUUGGUUGGAAUUCUCUUGUUUGUCACUCUCAAUUCCUCAACAUGUUCUUUCCGGAGAAGGCUGAAGCUUUAGCAUUUGACAUGCUUAACACACUUCUUGAGGAGCUAAAGAUAAGGCCAUGCCCAGUAGUCUUUGCUUCCUUUUCUGGUGGUCCUAAAGCUUGCAUGUACAAGGUUCUUCAGAUCAUUGAGGGAAAGUGUGAAGUACAACGGAAUCCUGAUGACUAUCAACUGGUCAGAGACUGUAUUUCAGGCCAUAUUUAUGAUUCUAGUCCAGUGGAUUUUACGAGUGAUCUGGGGAGACGAUUUGUUGUUCACCCAUCUGUUCUCAAAAUGUCUCACCCACCAAGAAUACUAUCCUGGAUGGCAAAUGGAAUUAGUAGCAGUCUUGAUGCUCUCUUCCUCAACAGAUUUGAAUCACAGCGUGCUGAGUAUUGGCAGACUCUGUACUCCUCUGUUAGUAUGGGGGGUCCAUAUCUAAUUUUAUGCUCAGAGAAUGAUGAUCUUGCUCCUUAUCAAGUCAUUUGCAAUUUUGCUCAAAGACUAAAAGAACUUGGUGGUGAUGUAAAGCUUGUGAAAAUGAAUGGCUCUCCUCAUGUAGGUCAUUAUCGAUUUUAUCCAGUUGACUACAAGGCUGCUGUGACUGAGCUCCUUGGUAAGGCAGCUGCAAUUUAUUCCCAAAGAAUUCAACGGCUUGAAGGUGAAAGGAUGGGUUUUGAGGGGACACCUGAUGAGAUCUCCGCGCCAAUUAGUGACCUGAGGAAAGCAGCUAUCAAUCCACACCAUAGCUUUCGAGGAGUUACUAUCGCACCAAGUGAUCAUUGCUUUAUGCCAAGCGCAGUAGAAUAUUAUGAGGGUAGAGAUGGGUCCUUGCAAGAUGAACACAAGGAAAGUUUGGUUCAUUUGCGAACUCCUCCUACUAUCAAUCCGCAUGGAGUUCUUGGUCAAAUCCUUUUUGAUGUCUGUGUUCCCAAGAAUGUUGAAGGUUGGGAUUUAAAGUUAUCAACUUCCUUGAGCAGACACCCAUUUAAUCCCACGCGAAGGCAUGCUCCAUUUAAUCCAAUGAAAUGCAUACGCCGUUCAAGACUGUAA